AUGACAUGUAUACAAUGUUACGCACCUACAGAUGUUUCGGAAUAUUCUGUCAAAGAGGAAUUCUACAGUCUCCUCGAUCGCGCAAUAUCGUCCUCGAACAUCGGCGAUAUCUUAGUGGUAAUGGGUGAUUUCAAUGCCCAAAUUGGUCCUGACAACAGUAGUCUAGAGAAUAUAAUGGGUACUCAUGCACUGGGUAGACGGACAGAAAAUGGUGAGCUUUUUGUCAAUAUGUGUGCGGCGAACAACCUCGUUAUUGGCGGAUCCUUAUUUCCGCACAAACCGGUCCAUAAGGUAACAUGGGUAUCUCCAGAUCACGUAACUGAGAAUCAGAUUGAUCAUAUAACAAUUAGCCGUAAAUGGCGCGGUUCUCUCCUGGACGUAAGAUGCAAACGAGGUGCUGACAUUGCAAGUGACCACCAUCUAGUGGUGGCAAGUAUGCGCAUCAAAUUAGCUGCAGUAGAUAAUAAUGUCCCAACAAUCCAGAAAAAAUUCGACGUGAUCAAGCUUAGAAAUCCGACAGUAGCCUCAAAUUAUAAUAAUGUAUUACAACAAUCCCUAUCAUCAACAUCAUUUAACCAGCGUAAAAACUGGCAAAAUACUAAACGCAUUAUAACUGAUGCUGCCAAAGCUCAUAUUGGGUAUAAGGAACACAUACGUAAACAGUGGAUAUCUGACGACACAUGGUCACUUAUAACGAAAAGAAAAGACCUAAAAGCCGCCCUCAACUCUGCCAAAACGCGAAACGUGAAAGCUAAUCUUCGUUCGCAGUAUACUGCUGCAGAUCGUCUGGUAAAACGUAGCGCACGCAAUGAUAAACGCACUUGGGUAAGCAACAUAUCAACAGAGGCUCAACUGGCAGCCGAUACAAAUCGCAGCGGGGAUCUCUACAAGCUCGUUAAAAGGAUAAUAAACAAACCUAGCAUAUCUGGAAGGCCAAUAAGAAAUGACGAUGGUGUACUCAUAAUAUCCAAAGAUGAACAGCGUGAUCUAUGGGCUGAUUAUUAUUCUUCAAUGCUCUCCCCGGGGCCAAACUACGACCCAAUAUGUAAUUGUAAAGCUACCUAA